AUGAAAGCAUUCCAAUUCCUUGGCGUUGGUGAAGGCCUCCAGCUGCGAGAUGUACCCAUGCCCAAGCCUGGUAAAGAUCACGUUCUCCUGCAAGUCAAAGCUGCAGGGCUCUGCCAUUCAGACACACACGUACUACACGGCGGUGGAGCUAGUUGGAUGUGCGCACUGCCUGUCAUUCUAGGCCAUGAGAUCGCUGGUACAGUUGUGGAAUUAGGCGGGGAUGGCAGUUCCAGUCUUUUCCAAGUCGGCGACCGCGUAGCGGUGGCUUGCGUCGGGCAUCCCAUUCAAGAACGAAACUUCCAAGAAGCACUUGGUGUCGGAUGCGAUGGGGGUUAUGCUGAGUAUGCUGUAGCCCCCAUCAAGAACUUGGUCAAGCUCCCGGAUACCGUCAGUUUUGCCCAAGCUGCAGUGGCUACCGAUUCGAUUGCCACAGCGUAUCACGCUGUGAUCACGGAGGGUCUUGUGAGCAAGCAAUCCACAGUCUGUAUUAUCGGCCUUGGAGGGCUGGGACUUAACGGGGUUGCGAUUGCAGCAGCCCGAGGCGCAAAGGUUUAUGGCGUCGACAUCAGCUCGUCGAAGUUUGGGCCAGCAUGUCGUGCUGGCGCCAUUGAAUGUGCAACAAGCCUACACCACUUCUCAGAUAAGUCGUUCGAUAUUAUUGUCGAUUUUGCUGGGGCUCAGAGGACGGUCGAGGAUGCCAUAUCUGCGGUGAAGAUAGGUGGCACCGUUGUGUUGGUUGGGCUGGCCGCGGCAACAAUCCAAUUCACGACGUCGGACCUUGUGACGAAGAACAUCUCGUUGAAAGGGUCGACAAGCGCAAGCAUCGAGGAACUCCACAUGGUUCUGAAAAUGUUGGCUGCAGGUGAAUUGAUCCCUCAGAUCCAGGAGAUAGCUUUUCAAGAGGUUCCAGCAAGCCUUGAAAGGCUGGGCACUGGUGAAGUCGCUGGCAGACUAUACACUGUUCCGUGGGGUUGCCAAACAGCCGGGAACCUGGAAAUAGAAACGAGCAGUCGAGUCACAUCAGGCCCAACCGUUGUAUCACACCCUUGA